UUUUUUCUUUGGUUUGCAUUGCAGUAUUUCCUGCAUGUCUUUGCAGUGAGGCUUCUUUAUUACCACUCACUGUACGUGUGCCAGAUCCUUGUGCACCAAGGUCUUGUCAUCCUCAGGAUGCACACUGGUAUUCAGCCAGGAAAAAAAUUACUUACAGUGGCUUUCAUUUUUUAGCCCUUAUUGGAAACACAGUCUUCCUCAUUCCCUCUCCAUAAACCACAUUUUACUUUCUUGGUGCCAGUAACAUCUCACUUAAAUUCUGGUUUUUAUCAGAAGCUUUUCGAGGGGUUGAAGCUGCCUCUCCCUGUUCAUUGAUUCUGGCUGUAACGUGCUGUGCAGCCUUCUAGUGAAGGCUCCUUUCCAAACUGAAAUGGGAGUGGUGAAACCAAAGACAAGCUCCUUAAUUACUGAGAUUCAAUGCUGGCAUCUCAGCCCUGUCUGUCUGCUGGGGCUGGAAGAAGAAGGAGAUGGUAUCUAGAGAGCCAGAAAUUCAGGAACUAGUAAUUCUCAAGCCUAGAGCUGAGUGUAACAUGCUGAUGCCUGGCUGAAACUCUUGGCAGUUCACUUGGGCGAUGCUGAAAUGCUCCAGCAGCUCUGCUGGGGAAUAAACAGCCAGACAGGUACAGGCUCUAUAAAUGGAUCCCACCUGCAGAGCCCAUCGGGCCUCCUGACACAUGCACAUCUCACAGGCUGCUGCCAUUUGCUCUAUUGUACAGUCUCAGGGAUAGUUAAUGUUUGAAGAUUAAAUAGGCUUUUCAAGCAGGCUUUUUAACACCAUGAGACAGUCCUUUCCAACAGUACCUCUUGCACAUUUUGAAUUUCUGAUUUAUUUUGUCUGUUUUUAAUCUGAUCCCUUGCUUCAGUCUCAUUCGCAUAGUGCAAACUAUGCUCUCAUCCAGAGGGACUCCUUCCUUGGGAUUAUUUUGGUAAAUGUUUGUACUUGGCUUCCUACCAAUUUGAAUUCCUAAAGGGAAAAUUCUCCCCAGGAAAUCUAUUGAUGUUCAAAGGAUGGAGUCUGAAGGAUCUGAAGAUCCACAUCUUAGCACUUUAUCCUUCCAAGGAUAAGAAACUAAGAUUUUCUAAUGGCAAGACUCACCACACCUGCUGGGUAUAAGUUUUGAGUUUUCCUUAGAAGGAACUGGCCACACAGGAUGAAUCUUGUCUUUCUUAUCUCAUUUUUGUUUGCUUGCCUUCACACAAUGACUGUGUUUUUGCAAAGAACUUGGGAAUGAAAGUAAUGAAAGUUACUGAGCACAGCAGUAAUGGACAAUGUAAUUAAAUGACUGAUGAUCAACUUACUUGUUAUGUGCCUUAGUUUUGCCACUUGGAAUAUUUGAUACUAAAAUGGGUCUCAUCGUACCUCUGUGAUGGCAAACCCAGGCAAAACCCAUAACUUUUAGUCUUAGGCAGUUCUGUUUAACUUACCAUUAUGGCAUUUGCAAUAAGUUAGGCAUCACCACAUCUCUCAAGUGAAAGAAAACGAAAGGAAACAGCUGUGUGUGGCUCUCUCAGGAGUGCUGAAGGCUGGAGAAACUAGGGACAAACAGCUACCAUCUGUGCCAUUUUGGUAGAGUGCAGAACAGCUUUUGAGUGCUGAGAAUAUGGGAUUUUUUUUGCCAUUUGAUGAGUUACUUCUGACUGUCAUUAGUUUCAAGCCCACAAGGUGAGCGGGACCUUUUCACACGCUGCUCAGCUUAUCUGAAGCUGUCUGUUGUGCACCUGGAAUAGACAGGGGUGAUUUUUUAAAGCAUGGCGUGGAAACAGGGGGAGGUAAAGCUAAGAGGAAAUCAAUACCUGGGAAAUUGCUUCAGGAUCCUAACUCUGUCCUUUGUCAGUGAAGGAUUGGCACUGAAAUAAAAGCAACUGGCAUGUGCUUCACCCAAGGACCCUAGGGAGGGUAGGUCUGCUUGGAUGUGACUCUGAAAUCCAGCUGUUCCAGCUACAGUAGAUACCUGUGGCAGCUCGUACCUGGCUGUAGAUUCCACCAAGUUUGCACUGGUGUAGGCUCAGGUUUAGAGGGCAAAAAGAGAGUUACCCACUGCACACUGCUAAUGUGAUCUGUGGGAGAUAAUGAGUGUUAAAUACCUCUGGUUUGGGAGCCAGUGGAUGCUGACAGCACUAGCUGUGGUAGGGAGGGAGGUUGGGGAAACUGGGAAAGUUCUAGGGACAAACCAAGAGAUACUCUAAAGAGAAAAAGCUGUUCAUGUUCCAAAACAAGUUUCUCAUUUGUUGUGCCAAAUUAUUAUUGAUACUACCCCUCAAAUGAAGUUCCCAUGAGGAAUGCUGUCAAACAGCCAGAAUGUUCAGCCUUUGAACAUACUGACAGUCCCAGAGGAGCUCUGGGGCUGUGGGGAGCACAGAACUGCAGGCAGAUCUCCCCUCCUGCACGUGCAGGGGACACCAGCUCUAAAUGUGUGACACCAUCUCUACCUGUGUGCCACCAGCUCUGCCCUACUGAAAAAAUGAUCACGAGGACAGAGAGCUGCUACCUCAAAUACACACUGCAAUAUGGAGGGAUGCAAAGCUGGCUCCAAACAAGUCUGCAUCCUAUCACAGUCCAUAGCAUCUUCAUCCAGGGAUGUUUGGAGCCAGGGCACCCGUGGUGGGGCUCAUGCUGGGGCUGAGCUGCUGGCAGCAGUGGAGAUCACAGAUGUUUCUGCUGCAGAAGCAGCUUCAGCAGCCAGAGGGAGAGCUCGUGGAGUCUGGUGGAGGAGCUCCACAAAUGACCCUUCUGGGUCCUGGGAAGACAAGAAGGUUUUGACUGAUGCUGAAACAGGAAAUCCCAGGGACAGAAAAGCUCCUCUAUUUGUGCUAUUUCAGAACUCCUAAGCUGGGUACACCCAACAGAGCCUGGAGGGCUUUUAGAAAUUUCUGCUGCCUCCUGCAAUUAAUCUGAAGUCAUAAAGAGAGCUUGGUGUUGUGAGUCUUGCUGUAUCCAGCUGUGCAUGACAUGAACCCAACCCAGGCAGCACAAGGAAACCCCUGGGAUGAUGGAGCUUUAUUCAGCCUUCUCUGAAAGCAGCUUGCUUGAGAUAUGAACAUGGAUCACAGCCCUCCUAAUCCAAGCUGGGCAGGAGGCAGCUAUAAACAAGUCAGUUAUAGACUGAUUCUCCUUGAUCCAAGAGAUACUGCCUGGUAUUGUACAGCAGCUCUGUGUAAGGCAUGGGACCAGGUGGAUGGAGAAUGAGCUCAAAACUGCACUAUAGGAUAAUACCUUGAAAUAGCUCUUGACUGGUUUAACAGCAUGGUCUGAUUCGUCUGUUCAGCCAGUGCAGCACCAAGACAGUGGAAGAAAAAUAAGUCAUGCUGAAAAAUUAGUGCAACCAGCCUCACACAUGAGAGAACACGAACAGAUUGUUUCAAAAAAGCAAACAAAAUCCCUUUCCAGUUUGCAGAGAGCACACAGCUGUGUGCACCAGGACAGAUUUUGGAAAACCUGCUCUGUGCAACCCAGAAAUCCCCUUCUCCAGUGCCCACCAGUGGAUGACACAGAUGAUAUACCUGCCUGAUUUGCGUGGCAGAUCCUCUCCCCAUGAACAGGCUGGCACCAUUUCCUUUCACAGCUGGAGGAAGGCAGUGGUUCUUGCUUCUCUUCACAUUGUUGUUCUGUUUCUGGAUUCCACUAGACAGGCCCAGGACAGAUGCUCAGUUCUGGGCUAGAUCAAGCUCCUGCUUUGGUCUGCUCAAUCUUUUUUUGUGAUUUUCCUGGCCUGAUCCUGAUUAGAUACCAAAGGGAAUGUGAGCCUUUGAAUAUUCAAAAGCAGGGGGGAGCCCAAAGGCAUCAGUGCACAUCUGUCCAGGUACAGAGUGACUGUUGUUUAACACCAGAGCAACUUGGUGUUCUGAGCUCGCUCCAGCCUUUCCAGCUGUGGGAUUACUCUUACUGGGAGGCCACAUUUUGGCAGAGGGAUAUUGCUUCACUAAGAAAUGAGCCAUAAUCACAGUGAUUUCUCACCUCAGCAAGAAGCAGAGGGGCAGUGGUAGAGAGUUAGACCAGCAGUGGAUGCUUCUGACCCCCUGCACACACAGGCACUCAUGUGCACACCAGAUGCUCGUCCUUCCUACAAUCCCUCUCUGCUCCCAACAGCUGUGAUGUGCUCUGGUGCAAGGUGAAGGUAUUGGGCAGUGGGCAGGUAUGAGUCAUCUCACCUGCUGAAACUCCUUCCCACCAUCGAGUCACGAAGCCCUGAGAUGGGAAGGGUCUGGGUCCCCAUCAAUUCUGGGCAUUGUAAAGUCAGUAUGAAAAAUCUGGCAGGUGGAGCUCAUGCUGACACCUCGUUUUUAGCUCCUCUGAACUGUCCUGGUCUUCUUGGCACCGAGGCUCUGUGUUCUUUUUAAUGGGGCUUUCAUAAACCUUGUUCCAGGAAUGAAAACAGCUGCCAGUGCACGCAGCACCCCAGGGAAGACCCUUGCCUUUUUCCAGAGCACAUGAACGGAGCGGGGCUCUCCGGCUGCUUUGUGUGCUUGAUGUGAAGCUGUGAUGUUUGCGAGGGACUGGAGCAUGAACUGCCCCGCUAAUGCAGGUGUGAGUAACAAAGGAGAAGGAGGGAAAGGCUGAUAAUCAAAGAAAAAUAGAAUAGCAAAAAGACAAACCCUCCUGUUCAUGCAGUGUGAGAAAGCAUUAAUGGUUAACUCACCCACUGUAGAGUAGAAGGAAAAAACCUGCAAUUGCAAAAGGAAAGAGAAGUUUACCUUUCAAAGUGAAUUUGUCAUUCACUCUGCCAGAUUAUUGCUGUUUUUAUUUGCUCUUCACUCUUUGAGGGAUAAAGAGAAAGUGUGCAAAUGACCCUCGAUUAUAGGCAUGACCCUCUCCCUGCCACCUCCCUGCACACACACACACACACACACACAGAAAGAGGAUGCUAAACACAGCCUUUGAAAUUCAGGAGGAUAAUUGAUGCUCUGACGCGUGGAAGCCCACAGGACUCCUGAGGGAGCACAGGUAUAAAAAGCAGAGAUGCACCUCUCUGGCAGCCAGAGGACAGCUGGGGGGAGAUCCGAGAGAGUCCUCCCUGCUCAGCACGACUCCACGUCCUGCCCGGCACCGCGCGGGGCACAGACCCUGCAGGCUCACAGGGGCAGCUCCAGAGAAGUUGUGUUUGCAACAGGGGAAGGAACACCUGCGCAGGAGCUGAUCUAGGAAGUGCUUGUUUUCUACAGGAACGGUGACUCCAAGGGGUGGAAGAUGCUGGAUAAGGCCACUCUGCUCCUGUUCCUGCAUUUAGUUGCAUGCUCCAUCUCCUCUCCUCUCUACCCAGCUCUCAGGUACAGUCCAGGGCCAGUUGCUGGCAAGGCCACGAGCUUCCAGCUCCAGCACAGCAGCCCACUGCAGAGCCAGAACCCCUCGGCAGAGGAACAGGAGGAGGAGGGUUUGUUAGCAGACCCCACUGGGAAAAGGAUGCAGCGCCAUGCCGAUGCCAUAUUCACCGACAACUACCGGAAAUUCCUGGGGCAGAUUUCCGCCCGCAAAUUCCUACAGACCAUCAUUGGCAAACGGCUCAGAAGCAGCGGGAGCAGCCCGGGAGAAGGGGUGCAGGAGUUCCUGACAAGGCGCCAGUCUGACAGCAUCCUGAUGGACAGCAGCUACCAGCACCACAUGGUCCUGAGGGACUUCCUGGGAGCCAUCCUGCAGAACCAGAGGCCUCAGGACAUGGACAGCAGUCGGUUAGAAGGCUUUCCCAGCACCCUGGCUAAGCUCAUGUAAAUACUUCUGCCUUUUCCAUCUCCCCACGCUCUGAAUAAUUCAGAGCUCGUGGACCUGAUGUACAGUGAGUCCUUCACAGCAGUGAAGACAUUGCCAGAUGUGAGCUGCAAACUGAUGCAUACACUCCUCAGACGUGAUCAAAGGAAUGCAGUGCUGAUGCACUACUUAAUUUCCUUCAGUCUUUACAAUUUAACUCCCCUCUCUAAAUACUGCUCCGUACUGAAUCAGAAAAACCCACCUCUGUGGUUUAACCUCAGGCUGCUUUACACACAGACUAAAACAACCCAUACACUUGUAAUCCUGGGGACAUUCUAUCUACUAAUUAAGGCUUUCAAAUCACAAAGUGUAGCAAAAUUUCUGCCAAGUCAUCAUUCUGUUUGAGGGCCUGAUUAACAAACAUGAGGCCACCAAAAGGCACCGUUAGGCAACUUAGUAAAUUGAUUACAGGCUCCUCUAAAUACAAGCUGAUGGCACAACCACACACACAGCUCGGAUCAGAGCGAGGUGAGACAUGAAUCCACACGUCUCCCACCCAUCAGAAACACUGCCGUGGGCUGCUGCUGCCUCACUCCCUGACACAGAGCCCUGGCAGCAAAACUGAGCAUUAAAAAACCUCAGCUGUGGUUAAUGCUCAGCCUUGAGGUGUUCAAACUGAAGCUACAGCUCUGUGAGAGUUCAAGGAGAUCCCUGUGCAUCAGAUUGGGCUGUCACUAUGUUUUAACUCAACGUUCUGUUGAGUGCCACCCCAUGGCUCUGAGCUCCACUGUGACUAGACACAGCUGUAAAUGUUUUCAAAGGAGUAAGUUAUUUACCCAGUGAUGUCAUACAGCUACUUCCUCCCUGUCACCCAAUUCUCCUAUUGUUUGUGUAAUAAUUAUGUCUUCAGAAAUGUAAAUAACAUCAGGAUGGGGUCUGCUUUCCCUCCAUUAGCAGGAAAUAAAAGUUGUUCUAAAUAAACCUGUCCAACAGCAGGUCAAGAUGC